AUGGACGCUAUUAGCCCUCUGGUCCCUCUCCUUGCUUUACCUGCUGCACAUCGCCGUCGUCCGCCUCGACGUCCUGAGGAUACGCUCCCACCUGAGAUCGCCCUCAAGCCACCGCAUCGCCGCACAGUCGCUCGCUCCGUUGCAAAGGUUGGGAAAAUUGCCAACGUCAAUGAGGACGCCAGAGGAAGAGCGUUGAAGGACAUUGAGGAGAGGCAGGAGUCUCUUGAGAAGCUUAAAGAAAAUCUUGAAAUAUUUACUGAGUCAGGGGAAGAAUGUAAAAGCCUUUUAACAAAUCUCACUGAUGGUUUAGAAAAGUUCCUUGGUUUCAAUUCAACUUCCAAAGGCUACACUGGCACUGGGAUCGUGUACUCGGACCUUGACAGGCUGUGCGACGGGGUGAUGUCUUUCCUUCAUGGAGUUCUCCAGACUGUAAAAGAUGAUGAGAAUGUUACGAAAUACAAUGAAUACAUUAAAUUAAACGGUGACAAUGAUUUACAUACUGUCCUUCAACAUCUCCAAUCUUCCAUUGGCCAGGGACGCAGUGUAUUUGGUGCGCAGGUUGAAAAGGUGAAUUCAUUAUCUACUGGAGUGACGCACGAAUUAGGUCAGUUGAAUGAUAUGUAUAUACAUAAUGAAAUUAAUUCUGUUUCAGGUACCGCGAGCAAGGAUCUGACUACGCAGUUGGAAGAGUGGAAGAAGACGCUUGGCAAGAUUUCCACUGAGCUCACAAACAUAGAAACCUAUAACAUUAAUAUACUAGAUCGUUCACUUAAAUCACGAUUAAUGCAUGAAAUAAAACCGGUUCAGAAAUCGGUCGAGGUGCUAGCAGACGCAGCCAAUGAUGCGACCUUCGGGGAGCAAGUUAACAUGGUUGAUGAGACGUUGAAAAUUCAGCUAGCAAACGUUGAACAAGAUAUUAGAGACAAAUCAGUGGACUGUCAACGUAUGCUGAAGAAUGCAUUUUGGAUGGUACUGGGACGAAUUGAUAUUUUGAGUGAGCAACAAAGAAAGGAGUUUAAGGAUAUCCUAAAUUUAUUCAGCAGAAAGGUGCAGCUUGUAGAUUUGGUUCAAAAGGCGCAGGCGGAGUUUGGGACUUUGAAAGAGAAGGUUGACGGAAGCGAUAAAAGCUCACCGCCAAGUGCAGGUGUAAUAGCGAAUUGGGAUGGGCUUAAAGUGCAUAUUAAUCAAAUUGUUGGAGGUUUGACGGCAACUAAUGACAUAAGGGCUGGAACGCUUAAAGAUAUCGUAAACGGCGUAAUUGAGUACGCAACAGGGUUUGAAAAGGAUGCUUUUACUGAGGACGUUUUGAAACAAUGGAUUGGGGAAAUGGUGAAGGAAAGUGAUACCGUAGUGAGUAAUAAAAUCAAGGCAGUACAGGCCAUUGAAGCUGUGCUAAAAAGUGGUGAUCAAGCAACAAGAACCGAUACGUAUCUCACGGAGACCAUUAAAGCCAUUCUCAAAUCUUUUGCGAAUAGGUUUAAGCAAUACGCUGCCGAACUUAAGAGAUUCGUCACUGUGUCCAAACUCCACCCAAAUCUGGAGGAGGCAAUUAAGAAAGUCAACGAAAUCGGACAAGAAUUUGAAAACAAUAAGGGAAAGUACGGACAAUAUAUUACUGCAGCGUUGACAAUAGUGAAACAAAAAAUUAACGCGCUCGAUGAAAUAGUGAAGGAGUCAGACGGUACGCUUACAAAUGCUGUCAACGAGCUGGACACCGUCAUUGGUGAAAUUAAAAAGCUUAUAAAGGAAAGCGAGAGCAAAACCGAUGAUGGCGAAAUAAACAAAAGGAAGAAAGAUGUCGAAAAGAAAAUGGAAGACCUGAAAGGGCAGCUCAACAGCAGAAUCAAGGAUGUCGAACUCGGCCAUUCAAGCCGUCAAACAAUCCCUGCAGGAUGCUCAUGGAAAUCCAACGAUGCCGUAGAAACUCUCAAAAAUAGCCUGCUUGCAAGAGCCGGUGACGCAUUCAGAAGGGUUAGGGAUGAAAUCCAAAAAUUAUUUGCCGACGGCCAUAAGGCUGACUUAACAGCAUUGCAAAAAUUAGUCACAAAACAAACAACCGAAAUUAAGAACAUCAUACAUGAGGAUGAGAUGACCGGAAUAAAAGGCCUAUUAAAAAGCGCAAAUGGUAUGCUGUUUGGUAUAAAUGGAGAGGGCAUUCUAAAAUUCCGCCAGCCAAAAACUACAUUACUUGAUGCCCUUAAAACUGCCGUGCCUACGGAGGCUGUGACAGAUAAGAAUUAUGCAACAAAAUUCUCGGAAUCUUCGGACGCAUUAAAAUCAUAUUUAGACCAAUUAUUGCAGUAUACUGAACUCCAAGUUAAGUUCGAAGGGGAUCAUAGAUCCCCUACCAAGGAGUCCCAGUUGGUGUCGAGCAUUAAGACCAGACUGGACACUUUACUUGACUACCUAAUUAAAAUUACUAAUGAAAAAGAUAAAGAAAGAAAAUAUGCUUUUGACCACAAAUCCACCAGAUACCUUACCGAGUUAAAUGAUUCCAUCUCCGCCCUCUCCCCCUCUUCAUUCCACGGCUUCCACAAUCCGCUGCUUCUCGACGCCCUCAAGGCCGGCAUGGACAAAUUCACCGAGCAACUCGGACACGCGUACGUUAAUAAAUACUCCGGGAUGAAGUUUAACGGUGAUUUGUUAGAAGACAAAAAAGACGCUGAAACAAAAAAACCCUCCCCAACUGAGAAAGUCCUUUCCACCGAGGGCCGGAACUGCGCCAAGGUCUGCCUGACCAUACUGGAGAGGGUAUCUUAUGAUUUUUAUAAAGUGAGAAAAACACGCAGUACUCUUGGUGCUAAAUGGGAAAAUCACAAACUUAUUUUAGGUAAUGAUUUGGGUGAGUUUUUCAGGAAGCACGGCUUCGAAGUAUCGAAAGAUGGCGAUACGCAAGACGGCGAAUUGAAGGGGGACAAGACAGGCAAGGAAUUGUAUGAUCUCCUUGUCAAGAAUGAUGAAAAACAUGUCUAUAAGGUGGAGGACAACAAAACAGAUACCGGUCCAAUGAGAGCUUUACAUAAGCAUCUCAAAGACUAUUAUCGUGUCUGCCAGGUCCGCCAUAUCCCGAAUGCCAGGGCGCCAACUACCAUAUUUGGCAUGAUGCAAUGGCUCGUCGGGCUUCAAUGGCAUCCGAUGAUUAAGAAACUGGAAGGCCAAUUAAAGGAGCUAUUCGACAAGCCUCAGGGACAAGAAGAAACGGAUUACAAGGAAAUUAAUGCCGAUAAGCUUGAACUCCCAGCCACUACGCCUUUCACAGCUAAACAACUGCAUGACACGCUUGACGAUAUGUGCUAUCACUCAGAAAAGAUGCUCAUCACCAUCCUUGGCCACGGCCAUCCUGAUGGCCGUUACGCAGUUGACUUCAACACUAAUGCAGAUGAUCUAUUAUAUCCUAACAGGGCUAGUGCCUGUUUAGACAUGCUUACAGAUAUUUUGAAUAGACUUUUCUCUCAACUUUAUUUCCUGCUUACACAGUGUUCACACAAUACCGAUUAUAGCGGUUGGUCAAACUGCUCGUACGGUCAGGGUGUCGGCAACUCUGGAUGGCAAUGCAAUGACAACCUAUGCCCUAACCAACAGUGUAACCUAAGACCUAACCAAAACGCUGACCAAGCACCUAACCAAAAGUGCAACCAACACCCAAAGUGCGGUGUAAAAUCGCCGCUUCAGUCGUACCUUGAGGAUAGCCUCCCCGGCUUCCUGCCUCAUACAUUUUCCAAUGUUGGCUGCGGAGUGAAAUGCUCAGUUGGCAAUCACUUUGGUAAACCGUGCCUAACACCAAUGGGUUUUACUGAUAUUAGUGUUAAAGCGUCGCAUACAAAGGAGGGUACGUACCUCCAAAAAGUGCUUGAGAAAUUCUGUGGCAAAGCAGAGAGCCCACUCACCAAGCUCUGUAGCCAGCUAAAUUGUCUCUCGCCUACCGCUCCAAAAACACUAGGCGAUAUGUUUAGUUUCUAUCACAAUUUCCUUAAUGAGUGGAACACCAAGACGGAGCAUAAGCGAGACGCGUUUGCAGCGGCAGUUAAUAAAGCCAAUUUCGAGAAGCGAUACAAAAAUUUCGAUCCGGCUAUAAUGUUCGGUAGCCCUAAGCAUUCACAUAAACAAAUGAAUGCCGACCUCGGCAGCCUUGUCUGUAACUCGAGAACGACGCAAACGUGCGGUCCGUAUUUGCAGUCGAUUAAUCAUGACGUUAUCGGCACAUUCUCCAAGAAUCACGCCGCCAAAUACCUUUCAUGGAUCGUAUACGCUACAGAAACAUUUUAUGACCUGCUCAAAAAAUUAUAUGAUGACUGCUGUGGUACGUGUGGCGGAGACUAUCCAAAAUGCCGAGUUGCUCGUGGUCAACAUACAUGCCACAUUGCCAAUCAGCAAGGCUCCGACAAUGACAGUGACACAUGUACCUCAAUAGUUAGGUGCCAGCAUACACGUCCGACAAUAUACACAUAUGGUUUUGUACAUCAUGACGUAGUAAGCCUUGCCGGUCAAAGAAGGAGAACUUGUAGAGAUUUCUGCGACGCACUGAACAAGGUUCUUAACAAGGAAGAGCAAAUGGGAGCGACGCUUGCGGAAUUAAUUUAUAAAACAAUUCCUGAAUUCUUAUUCAGAAUUCGUGAACCUUUCAUCUGGACACUGUUAGCCCUCUGGUCGCUGUCGCUCCUGUACCUGCUGCACAUCGCCGUCGUCCGCCUCGACGUCCUGAGGAUACGCUCCCAUCUGCGCUCGCCCGCAAGCCACCGCAUCGCCGCGCAGUCGCUCCUCGCCGCCGCACGCGUCAGGGCACUCGCCAACGUCAAGUACUUCUCACCAUAA